AUGUUUAAAAAUACAUUUCAGUCGGGGUUUCUGUCGAUUUUGUACAGCAUUGGCAGUAAACCGCUUCAAAUAUGGGAUAAAAAAGUUCGCAAUGGUCAUAUAAAACGAAUUACAGAUAAUGACAUACAAAGUCUUGUGCUGGAAAUAGUUGGGACCAAUGUUUCCACAACAUUUAUAACAUGCCCAGCUGAUCCCAAGAAGACCUUAGGCAUUAAAUUACCGUUUCUUGUGAUGAUUAUAAAAAACAUGAAAAAAUAUUUCACAUUUGAAGUACAGGUAUUGGAUGAUAAGAAUGUUCGUCGACGUUUUCGCGCUAGUAAUUAUCAGUCAACGACACGUGUGAAACCUUUCAUAUGUACUAUGCCGAUGCGAUUAGAUGAAGGAUGGAAUCAGAUACAAUUUAAUUUAUUGGAUUUCACGCGGCGGGCUUACGGCACUAAUUAUGUGGAGACGCUCAGAGUACAGCUGCAUGCGAAUUGCCGUAUUCGACGCGUUUAUUUCUCGGAUCGCCUCUAUUCUGAAGAUGAACUCCCUCCAGAAUUUAAAUUGUUUCUGCCCAUUCAGAAACCUAUGACGAAAAGUGCAAAUCAAGCGAUUUGCAAUUAAUUUAACCUCCUGCCUAGGCUAAAUUUUGAUUAAAGACUGC